UGAAGAGGCUUUGCGGGGUGGACUCUGAGUCCCAGCGCAGCCCCGCGCCACGGAGUGCUUCCUGAGGGACCGGCCCCUGGGCGGACGAUGCUCUGUUUGGGGUGGAUCUUCCUUUGGUUUGUCACAGGAGAGAGGAUCAAAGGGUUUAACAUCUCAGGUUGCUCCAUCAAAAACUUCCUUUGGAUGUACUCUGCGGAGAGUGCCGAGGAGUUUGUCUUAUUUUGUGACUUAGCAGAGCCACAGAAACCCCGUUCCUACCACAGACACCCGCUCUCACCCGCCCAGGGCCCUGCGCGCCGGCCCUGCCGUGGCCGUGAGGGCCUGUCUGAUGCCCAGUGGUACCUUCAGCCUCGGGAAGGAGGCGCCUUAAAGGAAAUUACCAGCAACCAGUCCCACCUGCUCCUGGACAAGACGGCCCUGCGCUUUCUGACCGCGGAGAGGAGCCAUGCUGGCUCCUAUAUCUGUAGGCCCCGGAUGAGGAGCCGCAGGGACGAGGCGUGCUGUGUGAAGAUGGUCCUGGAAGUGCAGCCCCAGGCCGACCUCUCCUGUGCGCACCCCGUGCCGCGGACGCGCUACCUCCGUCUGGGCAGCACCGACUCCAUUCACUGCCCCAGCCUUGGCUGCCAGGGUGGCGCCCGGAGUCCAGAGAUGACCUGGUACCAGAAUGGAAGACUGCUCUCUGCGCAGAGGAGCAACCCGCUGCAGUUGGACGUGAUCUAUGACUACCACCAGGGCACAUACGCCUGCGACUACACUCAGGCCGACGGCGCAGGAUCCCGGACAGUCAGAGCAGUUGUUCAAGUGAAAACCAUUGUGAGAAACACCACUCUCAAGCCCGACAUCCUGGAGCCGGUCAAGGACACCCUGGAAGUGGAGCUUGGAAAACCUUUGACUCUUAACUGCACGGCACGUUUUGGCUUUGAAGAGCACUUCAAACCGGUGCUAAGAUGGUACAGCAAAGAUUCUGGUCGGGAGUUGGAAAUCCCAACAAAGGAAGGGAGAAGAGUGAAAGCCACUGUGGAGGCGGAAGUCAUCCAGCGCACCGUCCACUUGGAGAGAGUCGCCCAGAGUGACCUGCACAAGACGUUCAUCUGCUUCGCCCAGAACUCGCUGGGGAACAGCACGCAGCCCCUCCAGCUGAGGGGGAGGAAGGGAGUGGUGUUCCUGUACGUCCUCCUGGGCACCGUGGCCGCCCUGGCGGGCGCGCUGGCAGCAGGCGCGCUGCUCUUCACGUACUGGAUUGAGGUGGUGCUGCUGUGCCGGACCUGCCAGGACAAGGAUGAGACGCUCGGGGAUAAAAAGGAGUUUGAUGCUUUUAUCUCCUACGCCAAGGGGAGCGCCUCUGAGAGCGAGCCCGCCUCGCCCAUGAGUGAGGACUGCCUGGCCUUGAAGCUGUUCCCCGAGGUUUUGGAAAACAAAUAUGGCUACACCUUGUGUUUGCUUGAAAGAGACGUGGCUCCGGGAGGAGUGUACACGGAAGACAUCGUGAGCAUUAUCAAGAAAAGUAGAAGAGGAGUCUUCAUCUUAAGCCCCAACUAUGUCAACGGGCCCAGUGUCUUUGAACUGCAAGCAGCAGUGAGUCUUGCCUUGGAUGAUCAGACGCUGAAGCUCAUCUUAGUCAAGUUCUGUCCCUUCCAAGAACCAGAAUCCCUACCUGACCUGCUCUGGAGCCCAGAAAGCGAGUUGGAAGGCCAGACAGGGAGCAGGAGCCACUUCAGCCUGUACGCUCGUCCUGCGGGCACGGUCCCCUCUGGCAGAGGAGCUGGCUGAGCACCUCGCCAGGACACAGGCCUGGGAGCAGAGGAGGGGUAUUUUCAGCUUCUCCUUGCCGUUGGCCUUAGGGCAGGACCUGAAGUACAGAACCUUACUCUGGGCCAGUGGAAGGAGGGACCAUCUGGGCCAUAAUGGUUGGAGCAAUGAAUGGACUCACAUCUACACACAAAGUGGAAAGGCGGUGGCCAAGAGUCAGCAGCCAAGAUACAAGCCUGAGAAACAAGCUUCUACACAUCAAAGGACAGCAAGGCUGGACUGGGCAGAGCUUCUGUGUAAGCCAUGCCCGCUGAGGGGGACGCUUCUUGUACUUGCUUCCUGGCCUGCUGGCCCCAGGGCAAGGCCUGUGGGUGCUUCGCUGGAGGACUGAGCAGCUGUUCCCCGCAGACAAGAAUUUCAUUCUCAUGUGUUUGUUUUCCUUCUGAGAGUUCAAAUAGUGCUCUAGUCCCGCAUGGACAUAAAGCCUUCACGCCCUCUCAACCCUGAGGGGGUGGGAUGAUCCAUUUGAGUGACAAAGAAGAGCAACUUCUGGACUCAUUCGCGUGUGCUGUGUCACUCAUUCGUGUGUGCUGUGUCACUCAUUCGCGUGUGCUGUCACAUCCACUGUAUAAAUGGAAUCUGAGUUUGGAGCGACUAAACAUCACUGUCAGGGGCCACCGAGCGGAGCCUGCGAAGUGCUCUGGAGCUCCUUCCUCACAGAGGCGCCCACAUCAGAGCAGCCACUGUGGCUUUGGCACCAAGGAGCAUCCUUGUUGGGAAUCCCAGCAAUAAAGUUAAAGACGAGUUAGAGGGUAGGAAUUAUUCCUGCAGGAAGUUUCUUGCGGGAAGGCUCAUUGCAGGGUCUCGCUGGGGAAGAACCCACACUCGCAUUGUGACUUCGUGGUCCGGGGACAGCCAGAUCGCUGCUUUUCCUGCCAUGAACGCCCUGGGAGCUAAGACUCACAGCCCCUUUGGCCAGUCUA